CUUAUUAGGUCACCUGUAAUUUGAAUUGAGAACUUCCGGGCACAUUGCUACCAGCAUGUUUUCAUUCAUGGAGCAUUCGCAAGCUGUCAGCUUGCUCGGGAAAGACAUGGAAUACUUUUCGUAGCAAUAAAGCAUAAAGAAGAAUGGAGAUGGAUCUAGAGAAUAUACCGCCAUAGAAAUAAAGCUUUCCAAACAAUAAAGAUGUGCGACUGUCUGUGCUUGGAUAACGGAAAGGACAGCGAUAUAGAGGAUGGAGACAUCAUCAAAAAGAAUUCAGAGAAUCUCUGGAAACUGGGACGAUAUUCUUCCAUGACUGAGAUACAUCCCCACCUGUUCCAGUUCCUAGCAGAAAAUUUCACACGGAAAGAAUGCACUAACUUUGAACCCGGUCCUCAACAGCCGAAUUGUGUUUGUGGGGGUACUUUCAAGGAACAUAAAUCCAGAGCUGUAUUUGAAAGCGUUCUACCAGGAACAGUAGACCGACGCAAAGUUCUUCCCGCAAACGAAGGGCCAAGGAUUAAAAGUUAUCCAACAAAUGCUUAUGGAAACAUAGAGUUUCAAAUGGAUGGCUUUGGACUCUUAAAACCAGCGAAAUACAUCAGACUUGCCGACGACAAUUGCCUUGACUCUCUCGUAAACCUGAUGCAAAAUUAUUGGAAAAUGAACGAGCCUAGGCCUCCUCAGUUUAUCAUAUCUGUGAUUGGAAAUACUUCUUCUUUUGUGGAUAAUCAUGAAUGGAAACAGUCUUUUGGCGAUAAUUUAGUUAAAGCGCUACUGACUGCUAAUGCCUGGCUUUUCACAGGAGGACUCAAUUUCGGGCUAGUCAAAGUGGUGGGCGAUGCUGUAAGGAAAAGGCAGUAUCUGGUGUCUAUGAAAGAAAGAAUGAUACAUGGUAUAAAUUGCAUUGGAGUAGCUAAAUGGGGAUGUGUGGAAAAUAAUGAUCUUCUUAUAAAUACCGAUCCCAAGGAAAUGCAUUAUUCGAGAUACAAAGUUAAGCCUCAUCAUAAAUUAGAAAGUGGACGAGCCUAUCUUAAUCCUGGACACACACAUUUCUUAUUUGUGGAUGACGGCACAAAGAGAAUUUGCAAAGGAACGGAAGUAUUUCGGGUGGAGCUUAUGCAUAAGAUUUCAUCCUCAAAAGAGGAAGAAGGUUUAGCUAUUCCAUCAAUACUGUUGGUUCUUGGAGGGGACAUAGAUUCCAUAGAUGAAAUAUUGCUUUGCCUUCAGAAAGAUAUUCCUGUACUUUUAUGUUGUGGAUCGGGAGAUAUAGCUGAUAUUAUAGCAGUGGCAAUUUCGUGUUGCAGUGCAUCUGGUUCGAAAUGUGAAAGAAUGGCAAUGGAAGAGGACAAAGAUUUAAUUAGAAAUAUGCUGAAUGCGUACUUUAAGAAACACACAAAAAACGGUGCAGCAGUGAUUGAGACUAGAAUAAAAGACAUUUACAAAUGUUGCAAGAAAAAACACCUGAUUAGCAUUUUUGAAAUACACGGAAACGAGAGCUUAGAUUUACAUAUUCUUUCAACUGUGAUAAAACAUAAAAGAGGGGCUUCGCUUCGUGAUCAACUUCUGCUAGCGGUAAGUUGGAAUCGACCGGACGUAGCAAAGAAAUUAUUUCCAGAUUGUGGUUCGUGGCCGUUAGAUAUCAUUGAAGAAGCAAUGACUUCAGCACUGAUCACCAAUAAACCAGCUUUUGUGAAACUGCUUUUAAAACGUGGAAUAGUGAUGAGAGAUUAUUUGACUGUUGGACUACUGCGAACUCUGUACAAUGAAUGUUUAUGCGAAAAUGAGGCCGCUCUUGCAGUUUUAAAGGAUUUAACUCAUAAAGACCGUCAUUUCAAUCUGCGAGAUAUUUCCAAUUUCUUGGGUUUUCUCAUGCGUAAGCACAGACAUGAUAUCUAUCAGCAAGAUAUUACAUGUAAAAGAGGAAUCGAAUCCACAGGAAUAUCUGGAGAACAUUUUGAGCAACCCUUCAGAGAGCUCUUCAUUUGGGCUAUAAUCGUUUUAAGGACAGAAAUGGCAUUGUUUUUUUGGAGUGAGACGCAAAAACCUCUUCAAAUGUCUAUUGUUGCGACAGCUUUGUAUUGGCGGCUGAAUAUGUCAUAUGAAAAUGAGGAGAAAUCUAUUUACGUUGAUAAGAAACAGGAGUUUGAAAAAAUUGCUAUUGGUGUUCUGGAAGAAUGUGACAAAAUGGACUGGAAAAAAACUUCUGAAAUUUUAAAUUUCAGAGAUCCAUAUUGGGGCAAUAUGACUUUGCUGGAUAUAGCAAUAUUAGCGUAUGAUAGGGCUCUUAUGUCAACAGAAACGUGUAUUAAACUAACUGAACAGUUGUGGUUCGGAAAGUUAGAAAGCAGCACUGUGUUGAAACUCAGUUUGACAAUAUUCAAUCCUUUACUCAUCGGAAUUGGCUAUUUGAGGUACAGGAAUGAUCCCGAUGCGGAAAGGGAGCCAAAUAUAUUUAAAAAAAUAUACUAUUUCUACUCUUGUCCUGCUAUAAAAAUGAUGGUGCUUUUUUAUUCCUAUCUGUGUUACCUUUUUCUAUUCUCGUAUGUGAUACUUUUUGACUUCCAAGAACACAUUAACUGGCCUGAAAUCAUCCUUCAUGUUUGGGCAUUUAGUUUGAUACUUGACAUUGCAAAAGAGAUCAUUCAACAGCCAAGCGACCCGAAAGACAACAAGUUGAUGGAAUGGCUGCACGGUUACUUUUGGAACAAGUUAGACGUUGUGUGGGUUUUAUUCUUUUUCCUUGGAGUUUCUAUACGGCUCACUUCACAGUUUGUCUUCAUUGGAAACUGGAUAAAACUAGACGAUAUUCAUCUCAUCUACACAUUUAGUUGCAUUCUUAGUUACAUCAGAUUAUACGAAUUUUACAUGACUAUGUCACACAUUGGACCUAAACUCAUAGUUCUUAAGCGAAUGAUAGGAGACCUCAUCGUGUUUUUCCUCAUUGUAGCAGUGUGUAUUUUGUGUUAUGGAAUUGGGAGAGUCGCUCUUUUGCACAGGGAACGGCAACCAUUUUGGAAUGUUUUUACUGAAAUAUUUUCGUUGCCCUACUGGCAUCUCUUUGGAGAGUUAGAUUUGGAUGAAGACUCGGCCGGCAGGUUUCCAAGAUGCGAAACGGACCCUUCUUAUUGCCACCAAAGUCCUCAUGCUUGGAUUGUUCCUAUCCUACUUGGGAUCUAUAUGCUCAUCGGAAAUAUACUGCUCGUCAACAUGCUUAUCGCGGUUUUUACCCAUGUAUUUGACGAAGUGAAUACGAACUCACGGGAAAUAUAUUUAUUUGAAAUUUAUGUUUCUGGAUUGCAAUUUUCACGAAGGUCCAUACUUCCUCCUCCUUUUCUUAUCGUUGAAGAUUUGCUAUAUGGAACCUAUUAUCUGUGCUUAAAGCUGUAUAAGAAAAUGUACUCAAAAUGCUGCUGCUGCUAUGAAGGAGUCAGCGAAAAAUGGAAGAUGCAAAAACGAUUACAUCGGGUAUAUGUGGGCAAUCUUCGACUAUUCGAGAAAGAAGCCAGGGCAAAAUAUCUUAAGAAAGCUAGCAGUCCAGAUGAGCAAAGCCUUGAAGCAGCAAAAAUUGACCAAAGGAUUAGUUACCUGAGAGAUCUGGUGAAAAAAGUUCACUUGUUGCAAUAUGAGCAAAAUGCAAAAUAUAACACGAAAUCAAUGAAAAGAUCCAAAUCUAAAGAAUUUUCUCUCAGAGCAAAAUCACAGAGUACACCAAUUCAUGACGACAGGCCUACAGAAGAUGAAGAUGAUGUGCAAUCUCAUUUAGACUUAGAUGAUUUCAUCUUACAAUGGUCAACAAUAAAAAAGUGCGCAACACAGCAGCAGUUGGCAAGAUCAUGGGUAGAGACAGAUAACAGAUUAAUGCAGAUUGAGAAUUACUUGAAUUACAUCAUCACAAAAUUGGAAAAUAUUGAUCAAGCUGUAAUGAAGAUAAAUGAAGGUGUAAUACCAAUUUAAUUGUCAGUAAAAUUUACCCAAAUCUAAAGCAAACUUAACCUGAAAGCAUUAGGAAAUACAUAACGGCUAAAUUUAUUUUACGGUGACAUGUUUUCGGAAAUGUGUCUUGUGCGAAUACAGUUCCGUACUUCUGCAAAUUUCAUACAUAUCUGUACUUCUGCAAAACUCUGCAUGAUGCUGAUUGAAUAGCUAUGUUAUCUGAUUACUUUUAUUAAAAUUUGUCGAUAUUUUUAUAAAAAAAUCCUCAAACACAAACUGUUACCCAUUCAGGUUUCUUAAAAAAGAAAUGGUAAAAUAAUGAGUCUGAUAUUAGAAUUAUCAUUUUCCUAAAAUGAGCUUUGUAAAGUUUGAAAACAACUGCAAAACCGUUUUUUAAAGGAAAAUAGCAAGGAAUUCACUCUGAAAAGAAAUUAAUUUUUCUCCACUCUAAUUGUCUGCUUAUCGAAACACUACACAAUUUCCAACCAUAAAAAAUUUUCUCUGUGUAAUUUCUAUGUGUCUGUAUUAUUUAUUGAUAUUUUAAUAAAAAUUAUCAUAAAUUAA